AUGACAAGCCAAGCAGCUUCGUUAGAAUCUCUCAAACUUGAUCCAGCCACAUAUGAUCAUUUAGAAACCAUUCUUACAAAUAAAAAUGGCCAGACACCAUUGCAUAAACGCUUUCGUGCUAUGUUUACGUUAAAAAACCUUGCGGACAAAAAAAGCAUUGAUAUACUCGCUAAAGCAUUUGAUGAUGACUCUAUACUAUUAAAACAUGAACUUGCUUAUGUAUUGGGCCAAAUAAAAAACCCAUAUGCGAACCCAGUGUUACGUUCUAUCUUGGCUGAUCGAUCUGAAGAUCCAAUGGUUCGACAUGAAGCUGCUGAAGCUCUUGGAGCAAUCGGAGAUUUGUCCUCAUUAAAUAUUCUUGAAGAAUAUCUAUACGAUGAAGACGUUGUUGUCAGAGAAACUUGUGAGUUAGCUAUCGCUAAAAUAAAAUACGAAAACGAAAAAAAUGGGCAGGAAAUUUCUAAAAGCAUAUAUACAUCGGUAGAUCCUGCUCCACCAAACGUGGAAGUUCAAUCAAUAACAAAAUUACGCGAUAUCCUUCUCGAUAAGAAGUUACCUUUAUUCGAACGAUAUCGCGCUAUGUUUGCGUUACGUAAUAUAGGCACCACGGAAGCUGUUUUAGCUCUCGCGCAAGGUUUCGAUGACCCAUCUGAUUUAUUUCGCCAUGAGAUCGCUUAUGUGUUUGGACAAAUUCAAAGUCCUGAUAGUGUACCUGCUUUAAUAAAAACAUUGGAAAAUAUGAAUGAAUUAUAUAUGGUUCGCCAUGAAGCUGCCGAGGCGUUAGGAUCCAUCGCAACCUCAGAUUGUUUACCGGUAUUAAAAAAGUUUAAAGAUGAUCAAGAGAGAGUUGUUAAAGAAAGUUGUGAAGUUGCACUGGAUAUGUUUGAAUAUGAGAAUUCACAGGAAUUUCAAUAUGCGGAUGG